GUGCAUCCAAUGGAGAGGGUCGAAGGCAGCCUGCUGGAAUGAUGCUUGCGAAAGCAUCCCACGGAAUGCGGAGGUUGAUGAUGGUAAGAAGAUGCCAUGCAGAAGUCAAGAACAUUCGUUCAGCUUAUUGAUUCAAUGUUGCAUGGCGUCCUUGCUGUGUUUUCUUUUUCUCCCCUCAGAGCUUAUUGAUGUGAAGGGCGGCACAGAGCUUCCGCAAAAGAUCAGUGAGGUCGCCGGCGAUUAUUUGCAACUCAGGGGACCAUCACCCGCACUCCGCGGGUGUUGUGGAGAGCCGACUGAGUUUCAAUGGUUGUUUUUGGGCAGCUCGGAUCAGGCCAUUGCCGGAGAGCCUUUCAGAACAGUUCUCGUGGCGCGUGAUUCGCGUGGCCGUCAGGCACGACCUGCUGCCUGCGGGGCUCUACGAGUCGAUGUCGACCUCACGGGCAAAGCCCAUCUCUCUGGAGGUCCCUUCCGGCCAUGGCGCUUGGCGCAGCUGGAAUUGGACAUUGAGAACGAGCUCGCUGAGGUUGUGCAAGCCGAAGUGCGCAUCGAAAGCCCCGAUCCAGAGGCAGAUAUACUGCUCCACAGAUCGCGGAUACGGUUCACGUCAGGGCCUACGCACACCUUUUCUCUCCGAGUGGACCCGCCUGGUGGUGGCUCCCGGAGAGGCGGAGGCGGAGGUGCUUGGCAGCUACAGGAAGAGCUGACGGUUGUGCUCUCUUCAAAGGAUCAGUUUGGCAACCCGGCAGGGUUCAAUGUGUCUGGACAAGGCAGGCUGUACCUCCGCAGUUCUGUGGGUCAGCAGCAUGUAAAGAUGAUGCCAGCGACUGGUCUCUUCAGCAGCAAUGCCACGGGCCAGGCCCAAGUGCGCUUGAUCGGCUUGCGCCCUGGAGUUGUGGACAUUUGGGUGGAGCAGGCGGGUGGGGAAUACCAGUCAAAGCAGCAGCAGUCGCUCCUCCGAGCCGCAACGACACAGUCAUUGACGUUUUCUCAAGCACAGACAGGUCCGAGUCACAGCUCACCGUCUGCGUACCUGGCGGCUUUUAGGGCUAGAGCUGGACCAGACGAUGCAAAAUGGCAGAGAAAGGCUGACGAGGUCCGGGAAGCGUUCCAACAUGCUUGGCAAAGCUACGCGAAGUAUGCUUGGGGUCAGGACGAGCUGCAACCUCUCUCGGCGGCAGGGCGCAACUCCUUCGGGGGAACUGGCCUCACCAUCCUGGACUCUCUUUCGACGCUUUGGCUUAUGGGCCUGGAUGAAGAGUUCCAAAAGGGGGUCAAGUUUGUCAGCGAAGAUCUAGACUUCGAUCGGGCAGACUCCGACGUGUCGGUUUUUGAGUUAACGAUCAGGGCGCUUGGCGGUCUUCUCGGUGCACACACGUUGUCAGGCAAAGAGAUUCUCCUGGAGCGUGCGAAAGAGCUCGGCGAUCGACUGCUGCCCGCCUUCAAGACGAAUUCAAGGAUACCUUUGCCCACAGUCAAUCUUGCUCGUGGAACCAGCAAAGCCAGCACUCAGCCCAUUAUUCUGUCCGAGGCUGGCAGUGUCCAGGUCGAAUUUCGCAGCCUGGCAGCCAGGACAGGAGAUGCUCGAUUCAAAGGUGCUGCGGACCAGGCCUUUCAGGCCAUCCAGUCCACAGGGAUGCAUGGCAUACUUCCCGUCUUCUUGUCUCCUCCCAGCAUGAUGCCAGUUCAGGCUGUUGCCUCCAAGUUCGCAUUCGGGGCACUGGCAGACUCGUAUUACGAGUACCUGCUGAAGCAAUGGCUUCAGAGCCCGUCUGAGAUGCGCUUCAAGGAGAUUUUCCUGGAGGUGAUGGAUGCAUUGCCCAGCAUCGUCCGCCCGCUGCCUGCUUCGGUCAAAUCGGCAGAGGCCGGUACAACCCGCUUCAAGUUGAUUGAGAUUGCAGCCGACGGCAAUGUCGUUUGGAAGAUGGAUCACUUGAGUUGCUUUGCGCCAGCGUUGAUAGCACUUGGGCUCAUGGAAUUGCCCGCGCAAGAUGUCGCAAGCCGAAACGCGACGUGGUGGCACCUAGCGGAAGGCCUCACGGCUUCCUGCGUGGAGCUUUGGACUUCCAGUCCCUCAGGGCUGGCUCCAGAGUUCAGCAAGGUUAGUGCCAAGCCACCUCACGAUUUCAUCGAGGCAGCCUCAGAUGGGAGGCAUUCGUUUCUGCGGCCCGAGACGGCCGAGUCUUUGUUCUAUCUCUACAGGUUGACUGGUGAUGAAAAGUAUCGCAGAUGGGGCGAGAAAAUAUUUAAUGCCAUUCUGGACAAUGCGAAGGUUCCGAAUGGCUUUGCAUCCGUACGUGACGUGAAGGCCAUCUCGACAUCAAAGAUGGACGAGAUGCAGACCUUCGUAAUGUCAGAAACCUUCAAGUAUCUUUUCCUCCUCUUCUCCCCGGCAGCAGCGUUUGACAUGGACAAGUACUUCUUCAAUACUGAGGGCCAUCCGCUGAAGCGCCAUGAGCUCUGA